AUGAAAUUUGGGUCAUCUUUUAUGCCUAUGUAUAUUUUGUGUCGUGAUCCCGAAACAGAUACAUUUCAUAGAAGAGGAGGAGCAGUUCUGGGAAUCAAGGAAAAGAAGAAGAGGGUUGAACCGAAUAGAUGGGUUACAGUUUUUUAUUCGGAAAGAAACAUCGGAUACUAUCUAGAUUACUUGAGAGAAAUAAGUGAACAUGAUCUUGAAAAAGAAGACAUAAUUAUGGAUUCUGUCUACGAAUGUCUACGAAACCCUCAUCCAGAUAUCAAGAAAAAUGAAAUCCGAGGUCAAAUGGAAACAGACAAAGAAGAACAAAUUGCGAAAAUCGUAGAGAAUCGAUGGGAUGAAAGACUAUAA